CUGGUUCUACUGGGAGAACACGGAGUGCCACAGGUGGAUCUUAUUGGUCAGCCGAAGCUUCUGUGCUGUCCAUAAAAACGCACCACAGGAGCUCAGGAGCGGAGACCGAGCGUAAGGGCGCAGAGCAGCCGCGCCACGGAGCUCACACCACGGCCGUGUGUCCAGAGAAAACACCUGUCACUGCAGGACCACACGCAGAGGAGCGCAAAAAAAAAAAAAGGACGCGACGCUCUGAAACAAGCUUAGGCUCCUGGGUGAAACCUGCUCCCCUGCUCCUGCCACUGCCUGGUGGGAAAAUGUGGGUUCUGGAUAAGAUCCGUGGCUCGAUGGAGACCAGUGUACUGAGACAAGGAGGCAACGGUGACAGAAAGGCUGCCACUGCACCGUACAGCAACGUGCUCACUCCCGACAAGAUCCCAGAAUUCUUCAUCCCCCCAAAGCUGGUCAGCUGCCCUCCAGAGCCCGAGGCGCCGAGCAUCAAGCCCCAAGAGGGGCUGCAGCCGUCCGCUUCUGAGCAAACCAUCAGCAGCAACAGGAAGAUCAGCAGCCCGAGGAGCCCUCGCCUGGUGGCCAAGAUUGCAGGAGAUACAAAGAACCUGCUGAGAGCAGCGAACCGCCACAUCAUCCAGAUAGAGAGUGCGGAUGACGUCGUGGCUGGGGACACCAAUGCAGACCCCCAGUCGCAGACCGCGAUGUCUCUGCCAUACGUUCCCAAAACUCAGACAUCUUAUGGCUUCGCGACCCUGAAGGAGAGCCCCCACACUCGACGCAAAGAGUCCCUGUUCCACUGUGAGCUGACUAGUCCCAUCACUUCUCCAAACACCCAGAGGAAGACUCCAGGGAAGGGCAGUGAGACAGGGAACCAUCUGACCCCCGCUGACUGCAACACCUCCCACAUGAACCCCUACCGGUACUUCAGUGGUGGAGAAAGUGACACCUGCUCUUCCGCUGAGUCCUCUCCCUUCAGCUCUCCGUUGCUGUCCCGCUCCGCAUCCCUCCUCAAGAUCUUCACGCAUGAGACGCAGGCCAAAGUGGUGAAAGCCAAGCGGACGCUGGCUCGCCACAGCUCCCUGUCAACAGACGAGUGCAGCUCGGCCGAGCCCAGCCCCAACAUCCAGCGGCGGCUCCGCGUCCCGUCCCUUCACGGUGCCGGAGGAGCGUCCGACCACGGCCUCCAGCGGGAGCACACCAUCAACCUCCACAAGGGAGGCACGGUGAGGAUCAGCGCCAACCACGACGCCGGCACGUCACGCCUGCUCAUCCGAGUCCUGGUGGCUGAGAGUCUGUACGACAAGCACGUCGACAUCAAAAGCAUCAACUGCUGCGUGUCUGUGUACCUGAAUCCAGGCAAGCUGCAGAAGCAGAGGAGCAACAUCAUCAAGAACAGCCGCAACCCAGUCUUCAAUGAGGACUUCUUCUUUGACUCCAUCAGCUCUGUUCAGGUGAAGAACCUUUCUGUGAAGUUCAAGGUGGUGAACAAGGGCACCAGCCUGAAGAGGGACACGCUGCUGGGAGAGAGGGAGGUACCACUAGCAAAGCUGCUCUCAGGACUCUAAAACCACAGCAGAUGGAGCUUAAGUUGAUAACUUGGGAUUUUCAAAAAGCAGGUCUGCUAAAGGUUUACAAGCAGUUAUCAUCUUACCUACUGUAGAUGACUCUUUAGGCAUCUUACUUUAGUUUAAAUCCAGAUCAGUCAGUCAACGUGGCUGAAGCUGAAGCUAGUCUGAAAUUACCGACCAAAGUGGAUUUCCACAGUCUUGAAACUACUCAGAUCUCAAAAACAGCACUGUGGUUUAUGAAAACUUGAUUUUAAUUACAGAGUCAUCUGUGAUUACUUACAUUUUACACAGGAAGUGGAGGCAGCGCAACGGCAAUGAUUUUCGUGAAACAUAAGAAGAGAGAAAAACACAAAAAACUGAGAUCUAUUUCCUUAAUUUGCCUAAUUUUCCCAUCAUGUUAAAGCUCUAAGGUUCUGUGUGGGUCCUCUCCUGACCUAGUUCUGUCAAAGCUGUUUCUGACCUGAAACAUGCUUGGCCCUGGUUAGACCAGCUGUUAGCUUCAGGCUCUGGGACCAACAAACUUGCGUUUAUAAUUAAUAAAGAUGCCAAGAGUUGUUUAUUGCAGGUAAGCUAUUAACCGCUUGUAACCUUUCCACAGAACCUCUUCUGGCUGAAGCUGUACUUUGGUGUUUGCACCGUUUUCUCCCUCACUCAUUGACUUUAAGGAAGAAGAAUCUAUGAAGAAGAAAGGUUUUUACCAUAAGCUCAGAGAACGACCUCCUUGGUGUACACAAAUGGAGGAUUUAAUUCGCUUCUUCUCCUUAAAAUGGAUUCUCAUCGAACCAAACUGAACCCAACAGCACCAGAUGAAUGUGGCAGAUGAAAGCUCUCCAUUCUGAGCACUUCUCCCGGCCGAGUGUCCCGAGCAAGGCCCUACUGGUUCAAAGGUUGGACGGCACCUGUGCGUCAGGCUGUCUCCUGUCCUCCAGCGCCGACGUCCUCGUUGUGGUUUUAUUAUUGUAAUGUGACCGAAAUCCGCGGCAGCGCAGGAUUUUUACGUCGCCUCCACCAUCUGCCAGCACAGAGAUGCUUUUGUGAACGAGUGCGCGCUUUGAAGUGGCCCUAGAUCCUGAUGUGCAAAUGAUCCUUUGAUCUGCACGGGGGGAAGGCAAGGAGUGAAAAGAGUGCCCACAUUUACAUGCACAUCAAAAAUGGAAUUACAAUAUGAUUGAUUAAGCAAAGGACUGCAAUGAUCUGAUUAAACUUGAUUAAAACACUCAAAAUUAGAAAUGUUACACAACAACCAAUACCUGCUUCUUCAUCAGUACCGCACCAUGCCAGUUUUGCGUUCACAGACCAGAUCCAACCAAGGUCAAAGCAUCAAAAACAGACCUGUUUUUGACUACGUCGCAUUUAUACGGUCAUUUAUGUAGCAUCCUGUUACUGCACUCGGUUUCUGCUUCAAAUAUCAUUCAUUAGCUGUCAGCUUGAGUAUAAAUAUUUGGGGGUCUAAAAAUCUCACUUAGAAAUAUUAAAAUCCAUUACCUCAACAUACCUACUUUGUCCAACAUCAAUAUAGAACUAAAUUAGAGCUUCUUUGCCAUAUCUGCUGUAGUUUUAAUUUCUGUAAAUAUAUCUUUAAAUCUACUGAUUAGAAAUCAUACAUUUCCAAGAACAGUGGAGAACAUACUUUGGGGGGAAAAUUUUCAGCUGUCUUCUUUAAAACCCUCGCUUCAGAAUAAUUAGUUUUUUCUCCAAAACUGAUUAUGCUAAUAUUGAGAUGCCUGUUUAAAAUCACAAAAUAAUUCUUGCUUUGGAGGCUCCCAAUAAAGGUUUAUUAGAAUAUAUUUUGACAAACUGAAAAUUCCCUAUAUAAAAAGAUAUGAAGUAAAACGCUGGCACCAGUAAUUCUAAAUCAAUUAAUACAAGAUUAUUUCAUAAAUGUGCAGUUAUCUUAUUUAUCCGAAUUUCAGCAUUGUGAAAAGAUGUGAUGAAAAACAAACAAAUCUAAAUCUAUAUAAUAACAAUUUGAUAAAGAAGAAGAGUCAAACAUCAAGGAUCAGGAUUAUGUCAUGAAAAUACAAUAGAUUUUUUCAGAUGUAUUGUGAAAUCUAUUGUCUAGAUCUCUGCAAGCAACAGAUCAUGGAUGCCUGAUAUCCAGGCUUCAGCUUACAUGCUGAUAAACAUGCCUACAUAUCAGAAGAUUAUGCUAAUAUGUAAACAGCAUUUCCUCAAAUAAGGUUGUUGUCAAACCAAAUGUCAUUUUCUGAGAUUAUGUCUCAGGACAGAUUUAGAAGGGUUUUGUGAUGCUGAGUUAGAGGAAAACUGUACAGGACUGUGAAAAGAAAACAAAGAGAUGCAUUGUGAGCCUGGAUUAAACUUGAAUAGCAAUCUCUUUUGACGAAUAAUAAUAUUAUUUAGCCUUUUUAUAUUGGAUAGCAGAUAAGCUCAAAACUCUAAAUAUUACUGUAUGUAAAUAUAGUUUUAACUGGUGUCCCUUAAAAGGCUGCAUCCAUAGCUCAGCAUAAACUGUCUUACAUUUUUUCUACAGUUAAAUAUUGUAAUUACAGAACUAUUUAAACAAUAUUUCCCUACAUGAACGCACAUUAACCCUAAGAAAACAAGUGAUACAUGCCUGUGCAAAAAAUACAUAAAUAAAUACACAACCACACAUUUCUAGUGGGUGAGGAGAUAAAAAAAACAUAUCCCAUUGUUUGAAAUAUUACAAUCUUGUAUCAAGGACAGUUGACACAAUUUGACCCUAAUACAUAUAUUCUCGAUUAAAAGGUAAACAAAAAUACUACCACUCAGGUAAAAUGCACUCUGGUGAUAUAAACGCUAGUUUAAAAGGAAGAGGAAGAAAAUAUCAAACAGAUGCAUUUAUUUAGAGCAUAAAACAGCAAUAGGAUCAGAGGCAAAUGCAUCAUGAUAUUGCUGCUUUGGGGGAUUUCACUUGAGUUAAACUCCGUCUUGCAACUCCAUUAGAAUUAGAAACUAUUUUAUUCAGAUUCAAACAGCUUCUGGAAAUCUCCAAGGAAAAACAAAACAAACAGUUGGACGCUCUGAUUAGGAUUUUAUAUGGUGUGGGUGAACAACAGAUUAGUGUUUGCAGUAAUAAAUGUAACAUAUCUAUCUGUUUGAUGAAGCUUGUUUAACCUCAUGAUUGAUUUUCCAGCUGCAGCUGCCCAGUGUGGGCAACCUGAUUAAAUCUUGUGCAACCAAGCAACAGGCACUCACUAAAUUGGUACAUGACUGUCGUCAGUCUGACUGCUGAUACCUUAUUGGGCUCUCAUAUCAGCUUAAACGCUCUUAAAUGGUCAUUUUUUCUCCACUUUAAUCAAGCCUAUUAAAUUAGUACAUGUUCGGUCGAACUUUGAACGCUGCUUAAGCACAUUUUGAGUGAUGUUGGCAGGAGGACAAAAGACAAGUUCAUUAAACUCAUUGAACCCUGUAAAUGUUUUUUUUAAAGUCAGUCGUCGACGUAUGCAACCAGUCUUUAGCCGUAGUGCCUCUGUAUUAUCAGUGUGCAUGUAAAUGUGUUACUUUUUUUUAAAUAUAUGAGAUUAGAGCAUUACCAGCAGCAUGGUAUCAACAUGUCACUGGUGUUUGCAUGACAUGCUCAAAAUGUUCUGAAACCCUAAAGCCUUACUGGGUGUGUGUGUGUAUGCGUGUGUGUGUGGGCGUGCGUGUGUGUGUGUGUGUGUGUGAGAGAGAGAGAGAGAGAGGGAUGGUGAGAAUGAUUGAGCCGCAUGAUUUUGUUCAGAGUUGUUCACUUUCUAUGUAUAAAGUGGAGUAUUUUUAAAUUUUUUGUUUUGUAAAAUGCUUUUGAAGCGUGCCGUACGUUGGAUUCGUACUGUAUUCAUCUACUCACUGUAAACAGGAGUUACGUGUGUUAAAUGACUUAAUUAUGCACCAGCUAGCAAGUGCUGACGAGCAAAAUCCGAGUUUCAGCUUUGACGAAGCCCGUCGGUGAGAGACGAUACGGACAGCAAAGCGGCGCAGAAAGCAACAUGACUCUGAGCUCAAACGUGAACGGCAGCCCGCUCCUUUUCUGUGGCGCUUCUGAAGGAAUUGCACAUCAUUGCAGCAGCUCCGAGUUGCGAGAGAGGAGAGAGAAAACGAGUGAUGCUUCUGUUAAAGACGCUUCCUCCACACGGUGUGUGCCGCCCACCUGCAGCUUGAUGUGCUCUAUAUUACUUCGCUUACAGUGACGCUGUUGGACGUUCUCUGCUGGAGUAGAUUUGGUGAAAUGUUGUAAUCUCUGCUGCCUUCUUGUGUUGAGCUGCUCGUAGUCUUGCUGCACUUUGGAUUCAAGCUCCCGGUAAAACCAAACUAUAUCUCUGAGGUUUCUUCUAGCAUGGCUGAACUUUCUCAGAUGUGGCUGUGGUCCAUUUUAGCAUAAAAAACAAACAAAAACAAAACAAACAAAAAUCGUGCUUUUGUAUAUUGAGGUAAAACUUUGCUUCAGUCACAAAGAGUGAUUCUUGUAGUUAUGCACAUGAUAGCUGUGAUUUGCUGAUUGUUUGAUAGUGUCUUUCUUUUAAAGCUGUACAGUAGUGCUCUGCCACUUUGUAGUCCCUGUUUUCUGAACAAACUAUUGCUAUUAAUGGCCCUUCAACUACUUUAAAAUAAAAAUGAAAGUUUAGCAUUUAUUUUAUUGGCAUUGAAAGUGUAAGCCUUCAAAUAGAAAAAAUAUUUAUUGCACAAACAGAAACAUGUUGAAAAAUCCAAACUUUAACGUGGCAACGUUUACUCAAUAAUGAAAGUAACGUGUUAGUACAUAAUUGAUCUCUUCAAAAAUGUUCAUGAUUUUUAAUGUACACUUCAGUUAAUAAGCCUUUAAUUUGCUUUAAUCAGCCUUUUAUUUAAUCAGGCUUUUGUGAUUCUCAAAUUUCCUGGAAUAUUAAAAUGAAUUGAAACAGGGGCCUGUUUCUUUAAGACAAUCCUCAAAAAGGAGAAAGAAAAAAAGAGCAUUUUAAACACCCACACCAACAACCACAGCAAUAGUUCAAAAGCUUCAAACAAGAGGAGCAAAACUCUAGUGGAGGAUGCUUUAAACAUGGUGGCCAACAUUGCAAGGUUUAUUAAUUUUCCUUGCCAAGUUUUACAAAAUUAAUUUCAAACACAUUUUUUACUGAAUGCAGUUGCUGCAGAUCAUUUCCUCCCUGUAAUAAAAGUUUUAUCUAACAAAUGCUUCUGCUCAUGGUCAGGUUGAGGUGCAACUUGUUAGCAAAUUCAAGUUUUGCAAUCAGUGUUUGUUGGGGAUUAAACAUCAGAUCAGCUAUCAACUAUACUGUUAAAAUAGUUUUCUAUACAGAGGUUCAACUCUUUAUGUCUUUAGCAUAUUAGCAAACAAUGAAAUGGCCACAUUUAUUUUGGAGUUCGGCUGCCACUUUUUUAGGAGGUAGAAUGAUAAUACUGAGGUAAUGAGAUAAAUAAUCUUAUGAAGUCUAAACCUUAAUACAUGAUCAAUUUUAGGCUACCUUUUCAUUAUUUUUUUUGCCACCUAUUUUUACUGAUAAUGGUUCUAACCCUGAUUGAACAAAUUGACUCUUGUGAAACAUUUGGAAAUUAUGAUCUUUAAUAAUUACAAUUUCAGUGCAAGCGAUCUCGUGUUGAUCACACAUGUUGACAGAUAUUCACGCAAUUUUUUUUCUACAAUAUCAGAAAAACAUGCAGAUUGGCAAAAUGAAAUACCAAGGUCCAAUGCUACCUGAUGCGCUAUUGGCUGGUGUUUUCAAAGCAGCCAAUCCUCGAGUGCCAUUCAUUUUUCUUAUUUCCAGAAAGAAGGAAGACUGUAGAUGUUAGCUUUUCUGGUACUGAAAAGACAGUUUUAACUGAAAUUGGCAAAUAUAAAUGUUUUUAGAGGGUUGAGGUAUUUGAAAUUUUUAAAGUUCUUAGAGACUGUGGUCCCAAACUCCUGUGAAUGCCUGGAGUCCACAUACCUAAGAGCAAGCAAAAAAUAUGCAAUUGAAAACAUUUUCAAAUCCUUAGACUGGUACAAAUUGGCGCCUGGGCAGAGGAAAGAGUCCAGGCCUCUUUUUGAGAAAACCGCAGAUUUUAAAUGUUGACAUGACCAGCAAACAAGGCCCUUCACUGCCAUUGCAGAGACAAUUAAGUUACAAUGUCAAUCACCUAUUUAGCUGUUUAAAGAAAGUAAAAGACUGAUUGGAUUAUCUUUUGCCAACUUUUUAUCUUUUACCACAAGUUAGCGCCCAGGUCUUGGUGAACAUCAGUCACAGUGAAAGCAAAGCGAAAGUUGCAGUUUUACAUUUCUUACUGAUUUUUGAAACAAAAAGAACAUUGUGUCCUUCUACGAUUACAUUGUUCUGCAAUGUUAUGCAGAAAACUCUUGGGCAACACGGAGGGUUUGAGUCACGAGUCAGUGAGAAAGUUGUCAAAGGGUGGUGUUGAAAUAAACCUGAAGAACCACCCGUUAGUUCUCCACUCAGUUUCCCCUCAGUCUGCAGAGUUCACAGCUCUUCUGUCGGAGUUCUUUCUGCAACUUUAUUCUAUUCCUUAAUUAUUUGGUGGUGUUUGGUUUGUACUUUCUGCUUAUUUUAAGCACCAAAUAAUUUUGUAUUAAGGUAACUGGAAAACAUUUAUCUGCUUUAAACUCAAACCUGAAUCUACAGAGGAAUUUAUCAGCAUUAACUUUCCUUAAUGGCCGUCCUGCUGCUGUGGUUCAACUCUGUCCAUUCAACAGAUUUCUAAUUAGAUAAAGGCCAAAGAGGGUCUGCUGAUGGCAAUUUAAAUAAGAAACCCAUCAAUAUCCGUGUAUGUGUGUUAUACUGACGGUGACUUUGUUUCCUUUUGGCUUGUUGAGAUUUUGUUUUCAAUAAAAAUGUAAAUGUGGUGAUGUUUUUUUUUUUUUUCCCGUCUCGAGAAGUUUGCUCUGACAGAUGAAGCUGAAAAAGUGCCAAUCCUAUACUUGACUCUUGAUCCUUAACUUUUCUUUAAACGUAGACCAGUUGUGUAGUAGUUACUGUUGUGUUCUUUCUGAUCCGUGUGGUUUAUUACGUUCACACUGUGCUGUUACGACAGCUGACAGCUGUUCUCUCUGUGUGUGUGUUAAUGGGUUGGAGAUACUUUCAAUACAACGUCACUACAAUCACUG